AUGCGCACCUAUAAAGAUACAGAGGCCGUAUUUCAAGGAGAGUUUAGUGAUAAUCCGCAGAACGAGCAAUAUGAUCGAGUAGUGAAAGAUCUACGAAACGAGAAGAGGCGGCAAAAGCACCGUUUAAUUCGUGAGAACCUAGAGCGGUACAAGAAUAACGAGCGGCAACUUUCUGGAAAGGUUGUCGAUAAAGAAGUCAUAGGUGCGUUACAGCGGACUAGCUACAUAACACCGCAGCAUAUAACGCUUAUUGACAGUAUCCUAACUAUGCCAGGUACAACGGCCACGAAAGAAUACGAACGCCGUAUUGCCGUAAUCCAUGCAGUGAUUGUAGUCUGUGAUACGGAAGAGGGUGCUCCCUCGCGGCCUAGUACGCCGCAAAAACGCUCUCUCGAUACUGUUGAUAUACUACCUGCUUCUUCUCUACCUAAGAGACAAAAGUCUACCCCUUCAGAUGAGAGUGACGAUAGACCAACGAUAUGCUUUAUCUGUCUUGGUAAUGCUAAACUGCCAGUAAUUGACCGCCUGAAAAUGUUUAAGAACCCUAGGUCCCUUAGCCGAUACUUCGUCAACAAGCAUAUUAAGCUGUUCCUAAAUAAUAUAUAUUGCGAGUACAACGUUUGCGGGGAAACGCUGAUGUUAAAAUCGGGACUACUGAAUUAUGCGUAA